UUUCCACAAUACUCUUGCCAAUUGAAUAAUAUCCUCUGGCAAAAUUAUUCGCAGCAUCUUCGCUUCCAUUGAUCAUAGACGUUGGAUGAUAGAGGCUUUUAAAAAUACCACAACGAAUGGUAUCUUGCAUCAAAAAGAAAGUAUUCCCUUUAGUAUGUGAUAAUGAAACUUUGGUACACUUUUUUUAUUUUGAUCGUUGGAGCUGUUGCCCUUCCAAACAAACGAGAUGUGGAUGAAGAAACCACGAGAGUGAUAAAGUCUCUACCUUUUAUGGCUAUAGUGAGCGUAUAUCGACAAUAUUUGGAGAUUCACAAAUGGGCAAUUAUUUUAACAGAAAAAUGGAUUCUUAGUUCAAUAAAUAUUUCACCAUUUAAGAAUAUUGACAUCACUGUUCGAGUUUAUACAGAUUUAUUUACCACAAGAGGAUAUGAAUACGGAGUAGAGUCAACUAGAGUUUUACAACGAAAAAACGCUAAUUUAUAUCCACCCUUUAGUUUAAUUGAGCUACAGAGUUCUAUUAACUUUGGGGACUUGCGAAAACCAAUACCGUUAGCUGGACCAAAUUAUGAAUGGCAAGAGAAUGAAGUAGCCUAUUACUUGAAUUCUGAUUUUAAAUUUGUAGGAGAACUAUCAGAAAUUGAAUACUUUGAAAAAUUAUCAAUAAAAGUAAUAUGGGAUGAAACAAGUUACGAAUCCGAUUUAAAUGACUGUUUGGAAUCAGAAGAAUUAAAAGAUGAUAAUGAAUUCGAAUGUGAACCUGUGAUACUCAAUGGAACUCUAAUUGGUUUUCUUAUAGAUUCUGAAUGUGAAAAUCAACCAUUUUUGAAGAUAAGUUCUAUUUACAAUUGGAUUUUAAAAAAUAUUCCAGAAUUACAAAAUACAAAGUAUCAAUUUUCAGUAAACGAAAAUACAAUUAUAUUACCUGAAAUUUUACAAUGGAAAUCGUCACUUUUGCAACGUUUGUUUGAAAUUCAGAAGGCAAAAAUGAUUAAUUUAAUGAAUUUCAAUAAUAACACAUUUAACAUUAAAUUAGAUAAUGAAUAUUAAGAAAUUAUUUUAAUUUUAGUUAAUAUUUUUAAUGGUUUAAAAAUUUUUUCAAGCUUCAAAAAAAUGUGUAGUUAAUUAAAAAUAUUAUUUUCCUAUUUAAUAUAUACAAUAAAAGCUGUUUUAAUGAAA